CUGUCGCCUCGUUCGCUCGCCAUGCGCGCACUGAAGCACGGCACCAUGCGCGCCCACGUCGCCCUGGCCCUCGCGGCGCUGGUGCUCGCCGGCGACGCCCUGCAGCCGGCGCUGGCCGGCGGGUUCGACUACAAGGACGCCCUCACCAAGACCAUCAUCUUCCUCGAGGCGCAGCGCUCCGGGAAGCUGCCGCCCAACAACCGCGUCAAGUGGCGCGGCGACUCCGGCCUCGAAGACGGCAAGCUCGCCAAUGUGGAUCUGACCGGUGGAUACUACGACGCCGGCGACAACGUCAAGUACGGGCUCCCGCUGGCGUUCACGGUGACGACGCUGGCGUGGACGGCGCUGGCGUUCAAGCCCGAGCUGCAGUCUGCCAAGGAGCUGGACCACGUGCACGAGGCCAUCAGGUGGGGCACCGACUACCUGCUCAAGUGCGCCUCGAGGAAGAAGAAGCUUUGGGUGCAGGUCGGCGACCCGAACCUGGACCACCAGUGCUGGGUGCGGCCGGAGAACAUGAAGGCGCCGCGGACGCUGUACGAGAUCGACGAGAAGACGCCCGGGACGGAGAUCGCCGCCGAGACCGCCGCCGCCUUCGCCGCCUCCUCCAUGGUGUUCCGCCACGACAAGAAGUACUCGCGCGCGCUCCUCAACAAGGCCAAGCUGCUGUUCCUGUUCGCCAAGAGCCACCAGGGCAGCUACGACGGCGAGUGCCCCUUCUACUGCUCCUACUCCGGCUACAACGACGAGCUGCUGUGGGCCGCGACGUGGCUGUACCUCGCGACGAAGCGUCAGGUGUACGCGGACUUCAUCACCCACGAGGCCAUCUCGUCGAGCGUGGCCGAGUUCAGCUGGGACCUCAAGUUCCCCGGCGCGCAGGUCCUGCUCUCCGAGUUCAACAUGACCUCCGGCGGCGGCGCGCAGAACUUCAAGACCCAGGCCGACAACUUCGUGUGCGCCGUCCUCCCCGACACGGCGUUCCACCAGGUGUUCAUCACCCCCGGCGGCAUGAUCCACCUCCGGGACGGCGCCAACACGCAGUACGUGACCGGCACGUCCUUCCUCUUCAUCGUCUACAGCGACCUGCUGCUGCGCACGGGGCAGAGCGUCAUGUGCGGGAACCAGGCCGUGAAGCCGGAGCGGCUGCGGGAGUUCGCGCGGCAGCAGAUGGACUACCUGCUGGGGGCGAACCCGAGGGGGAGCUCCUACGUGGUGGGGUUCGGGGCCAACUCGCCGACGCAGCCGCACCACCGGGGGGCCUCCACCCCCGUGUUGCCGCCCGGGUACGACGUCAACUGCGGGCUCAGCUUCGGCGAGUGGUUCGCGCCCGACCGCCCCAACCCCAACGAGCUCACCGGCGCCAUCAUGGGAGGGCCCGACAAGGACGACAGGUUCGUCGACAAGCGCGCAAACUCCUCCUACACCGAGCCAUGCACCUACAUCAACUCACUCGCCAUCGGCCCGCUCGCCGCGCUCGCCGCCCGCGGCGCGCAACUCGUCGCCACGCACUGAUGAUCCUCAUCGUCAUCCCCGGCUGCUCAUCGAAGCGCCGCCCCGUUGAUUGAUUGAUCGCUCCGUUUCGCGCCGUUGCCCUGUACUAUCAUCUCCUCCCUGUACGUACGUGCUGAAUGAAGAUUGAAACGAAACCCAAAA